GAAAUCAACAGAUCUCAAGACUUCAUGAAUAUAAAUAGUAAAUAUUACAUUUCCCUAAUCAGAAUGUCUAAAUCACCUUAUACACCAAAACAAUAUGCAAGUAAAUCACUAGGAUAUUCUCCAAUAAUCAACAAGCUCCAAAAUAACUAAUACACUUUCCAUUAUUACUUUGGGCACUAAAAUAUAACCCUACCAAAUGUACAAACUCUAAUUAAUUUCAGCUCUUAUAAAUAGAUUCUCACAUUUCUUAACUCUUCUUCCUCGUUCUCGAUUCACAGUUCUGGUUGGCUUGGCGUGAACCUUGAGUUUUGAGGAAUAUAAAACAUGCACCAAGAAACUCUGCAUUACUAUAAUCUGUGGAAACUUGCUGUCCAAGAAAGAGACGAAGCAAAGGAACAACUGAUGCAGUCACUCGCCGAAGCCUCUCAGUUACGGCAACUCUUCGACACCUUACUGUUGUACGAAGAACAAAUACGCUGUCAUCAGCCAGAAACCAAAGAUGAAACUACUCAAAACUGUAAUCACAAUCACUUCCCCGUAGAUUCUCCGUCGCGGCUCUCCUCUCCAUCGCCGUUGGAUUUUGGCUCGAGUGUCUAUUCGUCGCCGUUGGAUCCCACCUUCCCGUCGAGUCAGAUGCAUGUUGUCGCUGAGAAGACGAGGGAUUACGAGACAGUUGUGCUGGAGAUGAUCGGUGGAGUGUUGCCGGAGAACGGUAAGUUUUUUAAGGCGGUUAGUGAAGCGGGAUCGUUGGUCGAGUCGAUGUUCGUAACCGGUCCGGUUCCGAAAUGGAAAAAUCCUCCGGUUCUGUUGUCGAGUCAAAUAACGGUUUUAAGUAAUAGCAACGCUGGGAAUUGGAAUUACGGUGGUUUGGAGUUUGGUUCGGGGAUCCCAAACCGGUCUUCUUCAGGCAAAAUGUCACAGUUCGGUUUGAUGUCUUAAGUUUCCGCAUGAAGUUUAUUAGGUUUGGUUCGUGUAUUGUUUCUAUUUUCUUUUGUAUUGCUAAAUAAUUUAUCAGAUCCAAUAAAAAGAAUAUCGAUUUGAGGUUGAUGCAUGGUGUUCAUACAAUCAUACCUGACACUUUUGGAGUCAUCACAAAUCACUACACCAACAUGUUUGAAUUUGAAGGCACAUAACAUGCGUAUCUUCAUACAGGGUGAAUAAUACAGUCACUGGCACAUAACAUGCCUCUCUCAUAUUUUGUAUUCAUUGG